GCAAAUAGCGAGUCAUCUAUGGACAUCCAACUCGAGCUGGUGCCUGCAGAGUUCCUUGCGAUUGUCCUUUGCGGCUUCGGCAACGAACUUGUUCCGCUCACAAGCGAUCAUGGCGACGAGCCAUCCUUGAAAUCUUUACUCCCCCUGGCCAAUGUACCCAUCAUAGACUACUGCUUAAGGUGGCUGGAGGAGUCGGGGAUCAGAGAUGUGCUUGUAAUCUGUCCCGCAAUUCAUCGACCCGCGAUCUCUCAUCAUAUCCACUCUCACCCACACUCUUCUGUGCGAAUCGACAUCCAGUCUUACGAAGAGACUGCCGAAACCGGAGUCGGAACAUGCACUCUUCUUCGCCACUUUUCCAGCCGGAUCGCGAGAGACUUUGUACUGCUGCCUUGCGAUUUUAUUCCACCGCCAUCGCUUCCUUUGUCGACCCUCCUCAACAAGUUCCGCACCGACACCGCUUCGGAUGGGUCGAUUGCUACUACCUGCUGGUUUACACCCCCAAAGUCAGAAAAAAACACUACACCCGAUGAAUGGGGCCACCAUGCCCCAACUGCGUCAAUCGUUUGGGACAAACCGUCUGGGACUCUACUUUAUAUAGAUACUCCAGACGAGCAAGACCAAAACUCGGACGAGCUGGAACUCUCCAUGUCGAUGCUCUCCCGGUAUCCCAAAACCUCAUUGUCGUCCAACCUCCAAGACUCGCAUGUCUAUGUCUGCAAGCGCUCUGUUCUCGAUCUCCUCAACGAGAAACGUCAUUUUGACUCAUUCCGCGAGGAAUUCCUGCCUUGGCUGUGUAAAGUGCAGUACCAGCGCACCAAGAGACAGAAAUACCAAUCUGCACUAAACUCCUCAACAAACACAUCACAGAGUGUUGCGCUCAAGCACUCGACGUUGUUAUCGACAACGCAGUUGAACCCAGCAAGCCAUUUGCCCAGGAAUAAAAGCACUGCGACUUCUGCCCCUCAAUCUCCAAUAACUUCCGAAUCCUCGCAUGAGAUUACGCCCAGUCUCAGGGUCGGGAUCCACUUGGUAUCUGAUGUUGCAGCGCGAGUGAACAACAUCCACACCUUCAUGGAAAUGAAUCGCCGCUUGCUGGAAAAGGCUUCCUUUGUGUUGCCAACAGAUCCAACAGACCGUGCACUGAUUGACCAGAAAGCCCAGAUAUCGACCGACACCAUCGUUGGUGAUUCGACCAAGAUUGACGAGCGCGCCAAUGUCAAGAAAUCGGUCAUCGGUCGCCAUUGCUCAAUAGGAAAAAUGGCCAAGAUCGUUGGUUGCGUUCUUUUCGAUCAUUGCGUUGUCGAGGACGGGGCCAAGUUAGAAGGCUGCAUUCUGGGCAAAAACACCAAGGUCGGUGCAAAGGCCGAGCUUGUCCGUUGUAUCACCCAGCCCGGCUACGAAGUCGAUCCAGGUGAAUCGGUUAAAAACGAGAAGCUGGAGGUUUCCGAUUGGACUGCAGGCGGCGGGUUCGAAGAAAGCGAUUAG